AUGGCUUCUACCUCUGAUAAGAAAAUACUAACUGAUAACUAUCUUAAAUGGCAUGCUAAAUUGACUUUACCGGCUAUUUUAACAGAUAAAAAAAAUUAUUCUAGACUAUAUAAAAGAUAUAAAGAAGAGACUGGAGAAGAUCCUUGGCAAUAUAUUGAUUCUCCUGGAUCCUCCCAAAUCGAAGAUAGCAAAAAUGAAACAGAGGUAUUGGAACAGAAUCCCGGUAUAUCUUUGAGUCACAGUACUGAUUCUGAUGAUAUAUAUCGAUGCAAUACUUCAUUAUGUCCAUCAUCUGUUAAUAUACAAAAUAAAUCACAUUCCGAUAGUAGUGAUAUAUCUCGAGCUGAACUAGAUAGUAUAAUAAAAUCACAAUUAGCUUUAGUAUCAACUACUUCUAUUCAGUCUUCACAGCUCCAGAAAACACAAGCUUUACAGUCUCAGCAAAAGCAAACCGAUUUCAGUGACUAUCUUAGAGUACUAGAUAAAUAUAUAUCAGAAAGACUACCAGAUGG